UCGCACAGAAGGUGACAGGGAAGAUGGCGGCGGCCUUUCUGACCCACCAGCAGAAGGUGCUGCGGCUCUAUAAGAAGUCUCUGAGACACCUGGAGUCCUGGUGCAUCUUCAGGGACAAGUACCGGUUCUACGCCUGCAUGAUGCGCUCUCGCUUCGAUGAGAACCGGGGGGAGAAGGACCUGGUGAAGGCCACCAUGAUGCUGAAGGCCGGGGAGGAGGAGUUCUGGUCCAAUCAGCAUCCUCAGCCCUACAUCUUCCCCGACUCUCCUGGAGGAACCUCCUACGAGAGAUACGAGUGCUACAAGGUUCCCGAGUGGGUGCUGGACCACUGGCACCCGUCUGAGAAGGCCAUGUAUCCUGAUUACUUCUCCAAGAGGGAGCACUGGAAGCAGCUGAGGCUGCAGAGCUGGGACAAAGAGGUUGCUCAGCUUCAGGCCGAGACUCCGGCCGGGGGUCCCGAGACCGAGGCCCUCCCCCCCGCCCGCCAGGAGGGCGACCUCCCCCCCCUGUGGUGGCAGUUUGUCACCCGUCCCAGGGAGCGCCCCACAUAGACACCCCCCAUGUCCCGGGGGGGGGGACCGUCCCACCAGCAGCACGAAGACUUGUGAGAAACCACCUGAACCCGACUCUCCUCUGGUCUUUAGGAGGUUGGUGACUUUGAGAAGUCCUGUACAUGAAUCACUUAUUAACCGUAACUGUUCCAAUAAAUGUGUCAUGAAAGUUGAA